AAAAAGGUGGGUGGGUGUGAGGGAAAAAGGUGAGGGGGGAGUGAGUGUGUGUGUAAAGUGGGGUGAGUGGGUCAUGAUCACAAAACACAGGAGAAAAACACAGGCCAUUCAGCCCAUCAAGUCUGCUCUGCCAUUCCAUCAUGGCCAAUCCUGGAUCACACUCAACCCCAUAAACCUGCCUUCUUGCCAUAUCCUUUGAUGCCCUGACCGAUCAGGAAACGAUCAACUUCUGCUUUAUAAGUUUUUAUCUGCAAUUUGAGAAGGAUAAGGGCAGAUCGGAGGUGCCAGUGUUGCAGUUGAACGAAGGAGACUAUGGAGCCAUGAGGGAGAUGCUGGCCAAAGUUAAAUGGACGGAUAUCCUAGCAGAAAAGACAGUGGAACAGCAAUGGCAGUGAUGUGGAGCGAGGUGGUCAGCGUCCUGCGUGGCGCUGCCCAGGUGGGCAAGGCUUUCGCGGAGACACGGGUGGAUCAGCUGCGAUUUUCUGCCUGCAACUCUGUGCUAAGGGCCGGGCUGAAGAAGGCGCAGGUCUCCACCGAGCAGUGCAUCAGUUCCCUUCUCAUGCAACAGCAGAGGGGUGUCCGAGAAUUUAAAGAAGAAACGGCUUCUUAUGACGGAGAAGAUGAUGCGUCGCAGUGGAACUUUGCAUCAGAAAUGGCUCCUGAGUAUUCUGCUGGCGAUAAGCACCACAGAUCGCCAGACUCUUCGCAGAGUGGGAGUCCGUCUGGUGCUGGAGCUGCACAGAAGCAGGAUGUUGCCCCUCCAGCAGGGAGAAGCUUUGCAAGAGGCAGCAGGGAUUUCGCAGGGCCAACUGGCCCUGGUGUGGGGCAGAUGAGGUCGUUCCAUGACAAGACCUCGGUGAGGGGCCUGACACCUGAAGACAUUGCCCAAGCCAGAGACACCAAACAAAGCAGAGAGAAAUUGACUCAGCAUAAAGCGUCUAGGCAAACGCUAAGUGACCGAGCUCGGGAAAGAAAAGUUCCUUCUUCACGAAUCAGUCGACUAGCCAAUUUUGGAGGUUUGGCAGUAAGUUUGAGCAUCAGUGCCUUGGCAGAAGUAGCCAGAAACUCAUUGAAUGGGAGACAGACGUCAAACGGUAAUAAGGCGCUCCUUGACUCCAACCCCUUCCUCUCAGAGGCGAAUGCGGAACGAAUCGUUGACACCUUGUGCAAGGUGCGGGGAGCCGCUCUGAAGAUUGGACAGAUGCUGAGCAUCCAGGACAACAGUUUCAUCAACCCCCAACUCCAGAAGAUCUUUGAGCGUGUGCGACAGAGUGCAGACUUCAUGCCCACUUGGCAGAUGAUGAGAGUCCUAGAAGCGGAGUUGGGCCCAAACUGGCGCGACAAGUUGGCAGUGUUUGAGGAGAAACCGUUUGCCGCUGCUUCAAUUGGACAAGUACAUCAUGGAGAACUGAAGGAUGGUCGAGAGGUAGCCAUUAAGAUCCAGUAUCCAGGGAUAGCUCAAAGCAUCAAGAGUGACGUUGAGAACCUCCUGUCUGUGCUGAAGAUGAGCAUCCCCAUGCCUGAAGGUUUGUUUGCUGAGAGUGCCAUCGUGGUACUGAGACGUGAGCUGGAAUGGGAGUGCGACUACAUUCGGGAGGCUACCUGUGCCAAGAGAUUCAGACUUCCCUGUAAAUCUUGGCACUGUCAGUGACGAGCACGGUGAAAGGUUUCACCAGGACAUUGCGGUCAUGGAGAAACGGUAUCAGUGCAACUGGAAUCCAUCAAUACUGGCUGAUUAUUUUUGGACACUUAAGUGAGAAGCCUCAGACACUGAGUGCAAAUGAAAAUCAUCAACAAAAUAUUUUUAGCUUAGUUGAACUAUUGCAAAGUGUCAGCACCAUUAUGCAAUUAAAUGCGUUAUAUUUAAUAAA